AGAGUAUGCGAUUCUAUUGCCUCGUCUGGAAGAGGGAAGUCUCUCCGGGUGACCGUGGACCGCGGAGUCUGCUCGGACAUGAACCUCCCGAAACCUCGACCGUCUGCCAGACCCACGCCCAUCCUUCCCCGUAGAACCAUUCACAGAAUCGACCAGCCCAUCGGAAUUCCAGGCACCACGACAGUCAAGUUACCAGUAACACAGUCGCCAUGAAAUCCGUCUCGGAGCUUUUCGGUGACAAGAACGGCAUGGCCAUCACUGCCGCAGUAGCUGUGAGUCUUGGCCUGACGUUGCUACUACGCAACUCGAAGAAGAGCACGUCCGCCGAAGCUCGGAAACUGCCACCAAUGCCUACGACCACGCUCCCCAUUCUCAAGAACAUCCUGGACGUCGGUGGUCAUGCCGAGCGCUUCCACGACUGGCUGAACGAACAAUCCAUCGAGUUCGACAACCGGCCGUGGAUGUUCUCGAUCCCUGGCCGUCCAGCCACCAUUGUGAUCUCCUCGCCUGAAAUGUUCGAGGACGUGCUGGCCACUCAAGACGACGUGUUCCUGCGAGGUCCUGUGGGCCAGUACAUCAGCUACGACAUCUUUGGCAACGGUAUGGUCAUCUCCGACGGUGAUCCGUGGUACUACCACCGUAAGACAGCCAGUCAUUUGUUCUCUAUGCAGAUGAUGAGAGACGUCAUGGAAACGACUGUAUGCGAGAAGUUAAGCGUCUUCUUGGACGUCUUGACCAUCUACUCGAAGCGUGGCCAGGCGUUUAGUAUCAAAGAAGAGCUGAGUCACUUCACGAUGGAUGCUAUCGCUAAAAUCGGCUUUGGAAUCGAGAUGGAUACACUUAAGAACAGUCCAAACCGCGAAGAGGACCACGAAUUCCUCAAGGCUUUCAAUGAAGGAUCAGUGGCUUUCGGUGUGCGUAUUCAGUCGCCACUUUGGCUUUGGGAGCUCAAAAAGUACUUGAACAUCGGGUGGGAGAAGAUCCUUAUGGAUAACACCAAGAUCAUGCACGACUUUAUCCGUAAAGUGAUAUUGGACUCGAUGAACAAGAAGGCGGAGCUUGCAGCUAAGGGCGAAACGAUGGAAGCCAGAGAUCUCAUCACCCUCUUCAUGGAGAAGAGACUGAAGCAAACCGAAGACAUGCAUAUUGAAGAUGAUGAUGCUACUAUUAUGCGCGAUAUGGUCAUGACGUUUGUGUUUGCUGGCAAGGACUCGACGGCUCAUAGUAUGGGCUGGUUCAUCGUCAAUAUGAAUCGUUAUCCUGAAGUGUUGCGCAAGAUCCGCGAAGAGAUGAAGCAGAAGCUGCCUGGUUUACUCACGGGGGAGAUCAAGGUCCCUACACAGGAACAGAUCCGCGAUCUUGUGUUCUUGGAGGCUGUAGUGAAGGAAAACAUCCGUCUUCACCCGUCCACGGGCUUUAUCGUGCGUGAAGCCAUGCAAGAUACGACUCUAGUCGACGGAACUUUUGUCCAGAAGGGUCAGACUCUCAUGGUCUCGUCCUACUGCAAUGCUCGCAACAAGAAGACGUGGGGUGAGGACACGCUCGAGUUCAAGCCUGAGCGGAUGAUCGACCCUGAAACGGGCAAGCUGCGCGUGCUGUCUCCGUAUGUGUUUAGCGGCUUUGGAUCGGGUCAGCACGUGUGCAUCGGUCAGAAGUUUGCCCUGAUGGAGAUCAAGUUGGCCAUGGCUACACUUUUCAGCAAAUUUGAUAUCAAGACCGUCGAGGAUCCUUGGAAGCUCACGUAUGAAUUCUCGCUUACCAUCCCGGUCAAGGGGCCUCUGGAUGUUGAAGUGACGCCGAUGACCCCGUUAUCGCCUGCGGCUUCAUCAUAAGCUGCAAACGUUUGAGAAGGCACCGAAAAGUAUGACUGAGCACUUUUGUGAAUGUAAUUGAAGAUGAAACUCAGAGUAAUAUUUUUUGUUACCACAGGAUU